AUGGAUCCAGGGGCCUCUGGGCGUUCUGCAGAGGGCCUCAGGCCCGGGGAUGCCGGGGGGGGGCCCCGGGAAAAGAUGGAGGCUGCGGUGCGGCUGCUGCCUUCGUGGGGGCCCCCCGACACGACGAGCGAGGCGGAGGCUUCCCCAAGGGAAGAGGAGCUGCAGCGGCUGAUAGAAGAGGCCCUGGGAGACGAAGUGCCGGCGGAGGUCUCUCUGGAUCCGGAUUGGCCGCCGCUGCUUGCCAAGUUGCACGCGAAGUACCUCUUGGGGCUGGGCGCGGACCCCUUCACCAUGGAGGCCUUCUUCGGGGCCUCGACGAAGAUGGGCGGCGCUUACUGGGCCACCAACGCCCUCUGGCUCCUCGGCCUCCAGAGCCGCAAGAACCGGCGCCUCCUCCACCAGGCCGCGGCAGCAGCAGCAGCCAACAGCAGCAGCAGCAGCAGCAGCAGCAGCAGCAGCAGCAGCAGCAGCAGCAGCAGCAGCGUUCCCGUCCCGGAGAGCAGCGAGGGCUCUUGCGACGCCGCGGAAUCCAGCCCCGGCGCGCCCGACGCCCGCGCCUUCCCCCCCUGCAGCAGCAGCAGCAGCAGCAGCAGCAGCAGCAGCAGCAGCAGCGGCGGCGGCGGGAGCAGCGGGAGCGCGGGUCUGGACCGCUUGCUGGAGUCGCGCGAGGACGCGGUGUGCGAGUUCGUGCUGCGGUGCCUGCAGCCGUGCGGGGGCUUCAGCGCGGACGUGUGCCAGGAGGCGCAGCUGGCGUCGACGCACUACGCGCUGCUGCUGCUGGUGGGCCUGGGGCGGCUGCAGCUGCUGCCGAGCGCAGCGAAGACAGCAGCGUGGGUGCAGAGCCUGCAGCAGCCGGGCGGCGGCUUCCUGAGCGCCGCGGGGGGCGAAGCCGACUGCCGCUUCUCCUACUGCGGGCUGGCGAGCCUGUGGCUGCUGGGGGCGCUCUCUGCGGAGGCGCGCAGCAGCGAAGCGCGCUUCCUGCUGCAGCUGCUGAACGAGGACGGCGGCUGCGCCUGGGUGCCGGGGGGGGAGUCCCACGCCGCAGCGGCGUUCUGCUGCCUCGCCGCGCUGGAGCUCUGCGGCGGCCUCUGGGCCGUCGACCGCAGCAAAACUGCGCGCUGGCUGCUCGCCCGCCAGACCCCCGCCGGCGGCUUCAACGGCCGCCCCGAGAAGGCCCCCGACGUCUGCUACUCCUUCUGGAUCUUCGCCGCCCUCAAGCUCCUCGGCUACGACUCCGCGGCCGACGCGCCGCGCCUCGCCCGCUUCGUCCUCGCCGCCCAGGACUUCGGCUUCGGGGGCUUUGCGGACCGCCCCGGCGACGUCGCCGACGCCUUCCACACCUUCUUCGCGCUCGCGGCCCUCGGCUUGGUCCGCGGCGCCCGCGCGCUCCAGCCCCUCCACCCCGUCGCCGCGCUUCCCGCCGCCCUCGUCGCGCUCCUCGGGCUCGACGCCCGCGCGCUGCCCUACUUGCACUUCUCUUGA